AUGGCUACAAAUACAUAUAACCCUUAAGAAAGAGUUGCAGAAAUGACAAAAGCAAUAGAAUUUAAAGCUAAUCAUGUGUCAUAAAGUAUAUAAGAAAUUGCUAACCAGACAUACAAUUAAGAAUAUGGGAAAUAUUUUGAAUAAGAAAAAGCUAAAGUUAUUUAAUAAAAUUAAAAUAAUAUGGAAAAAAUUAUAUCAUAAAAAAAUAUUGAACGAUCUUCCGUUAUAAAUGAAUGCAGAUUAAAAAAAAUGACUAGAAGAUAUGAGCUUUUAUAAACUUUAAAAUUAGAAGUAAGAAAAUCUUUAGAAAUAUAAAUUUAAAAUAAAGAGGUGUAUAAAAAAUUACUUAAAAAUCUUAUAAUUCAAUCUAUGAUUAAAUUAAUGGAAGAGAAUAUAGAAUUAUAAUGCAAAAAAGAAGAUCUUUAUUUAAUAGAAAGCCUAUUAUAUGAAUGUGAAUAAGAUUUUAAUUCUUUAGUUAUUAAAGAAUGCAAAAAAAAAAGCUUUAAUAGUAAAAUUAAAGUAAAUAGAGAUCAUUUUUUAGAUGACAAAUUUAAAAAUUUAUUAGGAGGUAUUGUUAUUAGUUGUUAUGAUGGAAAAAUUGUUUGUUCAAAUACUUUAGAUGCUAGAAUUGAAUAAUCAUUUUAAGAAUUUUUACCUUAAAUUAGAAAUGGACUUUAUCCUGAUUUUAAUAAUGAAGGAGAAAUAAUAAAAAAUAAAAACUGAAUUUAACUAUAAUAAGAGCUUAAUCAAUGAUUUUUGAAUUUUAUUUUUUGAAAAUAUAUUCAC